AGUGCGUGUCACUUUGCCCCCAGAAACGGAUUGUUUGCACGAAAAUGGACAAACUAAAUGAAAAUGUACGCGAAAAGAAGCACAUUAAGCUGGGAGAGAUUGACUCGGGGCCCAUCCUGGUGGCCCUGCUGCUCGGCUUCAUUGCUGUGGCGAUAUUUGUCAUUCUGCGACGACGUUCGGCCGGCCGCAGGGACUUUCUCUUAACGGGGCUAUGUGAGUCCGGCAAGAGUGCCAUAUUUAUGCAGCUGUUGCAUGGCAAAUUGCCGGAGACCUUCACGUCCAUCAAGGAGAAUGUGGGCGACUAUCAGGCGGGUGGACACUCAUCCGUUCGCCUCGUGGACAUACCCGGACACUAUCGCGUGCGGGACAAAUGCUUCGAUCUGUACAAGCACAAGGCAAAGGGCAUUGUGUUUGUCGUGGACUCGGUGACAGUGCAAAAGGAUAUCCGGGAUGUGGCAGACACUCUGUACACCAUUCUGGCGGAUAGCGCCACCCAGCCCUGCUCUGUGCUGGUGCUAUGCAACAAACAGGACCAGACAACGGCCAAGAGUGCACAGGUCAUCAAGAGUCUCCUCGAAAAGGAGCUGCAUACCGUGCGGGACACACGCAGCCGCAAGCUACAGUCCGUGGGCGACGAUGAUGUCAAUAAGCCCGUGACCCUGGGCAAGCCCGGCAGGGAUUUCGAAUUUGCCCACAUCUCGCAGAAUAUUCAGUUUGUGGAAUCAUCCGCCAAGGAGAAGGAACUGAAUACCCUGACCGACUGGAUGGGUCGCCUUAUGUGAACACUCGAGAGAUUGAGAGAGUGGGGACUGAAACCACCUAACCUUUGAAUCCUAAAACAAACGAAUGCGGAACACACACACAGCAACAACACAAUGAUAUUUAUAUAGCUAUCCUUUUUUAUAUGCCCCCUCAAAUCGUAUGCCAUGCCUAUAUGUACGUACAUUUCCUUUAUUAGAGUGUAAAUCCCCCUACUGCUGCUCUGAAAAACUACUAUUCUAAGGCUUUAAAUUGGAAAAUUGUAUCCAAGUAAGAAGUAUAUGGCAAUAUGGAAAUUA